UWAAAAUUUUACAAUACUUACAAAUCUUACAUACAAAAAAUUAAAUAAAAAGUACGACUACGUUGUUUGUAAAAAGUCGGUAGGUAUAAUAAUCAAAAUAAUAUUCAUCGUAACAACAAAACACGGAGUCUUAACUACCGAAUACACUUUAAUAUUAACAGGUCCUCACAAUGUCUGAAUAUGAAUCAUUCGGUGGAGGACGUUUGAAAUUAAAAAAUGAUUCUGGAAUAAAGAAAAAAAAGAAGAAGUGUAAAAAUAAAGAUAAAACAGCAGAAAAGUUGAAUAAAGGAUUAGAACAAGAAAAAGUAACCAAGGAAUACCAUGUACCUCCUACUAAAGCUGAAUUGGCCUUCAUGAAACAACAGGAAAAAUUGCAAAAAGAGAAAAUUUUGAAAAUUGCAUCAACAACUCACAAACAAAGAGUCGAAGAAUUUAAUCGCCAUUUAGACAACCUAACUGAACAUUUCGACAUUCCUAAAGUUAGUUGGACGAAAUAGAGAUAUUACAUACUCUUAUAUAUUUAAUUCGUGCUUUAAAAAAAAUUUAAAUAAUGAUUUGUAUUUAAGUUCUUCUCAACA